GAACCGAAAGAGACGUUUCGCUGGCGAAACAAAAGUAAGCAAGGGAGCGAGCAUGGAAUAGACGAGCGGAUUUCUAGGCUAUGAAUUUGUCCUCUUUUAUUCUUGCAAUUUUCCGAAUGGGAUAAAUAAAAAUGGCUCCUCCAGGCGAGCUUAAUCUUCUAAAAGAACCCCAGCUUAAGGACAAAGAAAAAGAAUCCUACAAUGGAUAUAUUACGACUACGGUCGCUUCGCUUGACAGACCGCACUUCACAUCUUGGACGUUGUUGAAUGGUAAGGUGCGAAUUGGGCCUGUAGAAUCGGGUAGUGGAUUUAUUUUGCUCUGCCUACUAUGGCUUGUCUUCGCCUCAGUGCCAGAAGGAGUUCUUCAUGGAUUUUGCUCGGUGGUUCAGCGUAUCUUUACAAUAUUUUUACCGCUUGUUUGCUUGAUUUGUGUGUUUUAUUGGGCCGAACUUCUCAUUCAUAAAUACUGCAAGAGCCAGAUCUCGUACGCUGUGUUCCCCGUUUGUCUGUUAGGAGAGCUUUGUACACAAGUUAUCCUUGGUGGAUCGGAUUUCCUGCGAACUACUUUUCUCUUUACUCUCGUGAUGGCUGGACUCGUAACACUUGUAUUUUCUAAACUUAAAAUUCUACCCACAAGUAUAGCGCUGUUGUUACUUACAACCGCUCGAUUGUCAUGUUGGAUUACACUUCGUGAUAUUCCGUCUUUUUUGCGGCCAUUUCUAGCCUAUUUUUCAGCGUUUAGUGGGCUGAUAUUAUCAAGAAACAUUCAAGCAUGGUUUUCUCCAUCCCCGGGCGAGACCAUUCAAAGCAAAGCGCCUCUAAUACGGAGACGAACUUCAAGCGUUUCUUCGACUAGCAGUUUGAACAGUAGAAGAAGAACUUCUCUUCCAGCGCUUGGAAUCCAAACCAAGGUAGGUAAAUCUAUGUGAAAGCCUCAUUCAUUUCCUUAGCUAUAGAUUACGAUCUUUAUAUUAAUGGGUUGGAAGAGCAGUUUAUAACUGCCCAAGAUCUUUGACCUGUCAAGCCACGGUUUUUCAGACAGAGAUGCAUUUUGCAUCAAGAUUCGUCUAAUAUUUAACAGUACAUGAUCGAGUAGCAAGGCGUUCGUUUUACAUUUCCCUUCAUUUAUUGUAAUGCUGUUUACCAUUUGCCUUCUGUUUAUAUUUUGAUUGUCGCGUUGGUGUUGCUCUAUUCGAGAAAGCCAGUUCGAGUGCAAGCGGCCUCUUUGAUUUAUUUCAAUGUUGUUCUUUUCCAUGCGAUGGAGUGUUCGACAAGCGGCAGGGAGAAAACCCAAUGUACGCGGUGUACACACGAACAUGCAUUAAACUUUCAUGAGUGCGAUUAUAGAAAAAAUCUUGCGAAAUAUCAUGUCGCAAUUUCUGCGUGUAGCACAUGUUUACGUUUUAUUACUUGACUUUGGAUGGAUGAUGUUCGAAGUCGAGGCUUAGAAGGUUUAAAAUACUCGCAAGUGGUGCGGCAAGAUUUAUGGAGCUCAAAGGAUCUCUAAUCUUAGCAACGCCAGUUAUCUGGAAUCACCUGCAAUCCUCGCCAAUUUCUCGGUGUGCAAUAUAUUAUCAUUUCUUUGUUAGUUCUUCAACAUUUGUUAUGGAAAUUAUUCCUAAUCUGGCAAGGCUCGGCAAAAUGCAAAAUGGUAAGGAUUUGUUCUAUAAGUGAUAUUUCUUUGAGGCGAAGCCAUAUGGACAAAUCCACACUAUUAUUUUCGUUAUUGAUUUUUAGACGACCUUCAUCGGGGUUUCGGUGAUUGCUUCAUGGCCUGACUCAAUGAAACACGGUACACUUGGGCCAAAUCUCAUUGUGCGACUCGAGAUGUAAUUGUAGAUCUUGCAAAUGAGAUAAACAACAACUGCUCGCUUCCCACAAGUCAAAAUCGCCCUUCGGUUUGGCAAAUUAAGGCUAAUAACUUUGUGCUCGAAAUUGUAGUACCGAGCUAAUUUUGAUAAAAAAAAAUCAAUAUGCUCGGGAGUCGAGAACACGGCUUAGUGUUUUGCGGUGAUGAUAACAAUUCCAAUUUCCCUCUUCUUGUUUGCAGAUGGUGCGACAAUAGGGAGAAGGUUUCUGUCUGUUUUGCUAGCGCGGGAACUGCUAAUCGAAUUCAUUGUCGAAGUAAUUUUUGCUGUUUUGCUUUCGAGAUCGUCUCUUCUUACGCGUGUUCAGUAUGGAAUAUUGUUUUCGCCCACAUUGUUUAUUAAGGGAUAAACAUCCGAGACUGUUCGGUAUUUGGUGGUCAAGGAUAGCGGUUAAUUUAUGAAUUCGCCCCGAAACCAAAUAACAAUUUUCUUCAAGAGUAUGCUUACUAACUGAGCAAAUAAAUAAAUACCGAAAAGAGAUCAGAUCAGAUUUGAUUUUUCAAUCACAUUUACGCAUCCAAAGAUGAGGAAAGGCAUUUUACAAGGACGAUUAAAUUAGUUCAAAGCCGUGUGAUUUUAGCUGGUGUUGUCAUCUUAAGUGGCUACAGGCUGAGUGUUGUUGAAAAAGAUAUAUAGAAAUUCUUUCCACUAUCAAGUUACUUAAAGCUCAGGAAGAGCUUUGAUUGUUUUCUUUGAAACCCAGGUAGUGUAAAAAUUCCAUAUAUCUGUUGGCGCACCAAGACUCGUGAAUGUCAUGGGGAAUUUUUAUAUAUGUGAUCUUUGUUUUCUUCCUGCUAAAGAACAUACGUUUUGACUUUAUUGAUACCUUGUGAGUGUCAUCAGGUCAGGAAGACAAGCACAUGCCAAACAAAUUAUCAAAGAUUGUUUACAUGCAUAACAUUUUCCACUCUACUUACUAUAAGGGAAUGCACAUUUAAAUGGAAAACAGCUUGCGAAUGUUGUGAUUUUUCGAACGAAUUCAUCUCCAUGGAUGCUAUCAAAGAAGAAAAAGCUGCUUUUAUGAUUAUAUUUUUUUGAUGUUCUCUUGUGAUUUGAAACGAAUCUAGGGAUAUUUUUUCCCAUUUUUUGCUGAAGUGAUUGGUUAACAAACUUAACUAUCUUAGAAAUUGUGGGUAAUUUUUACGGAGAGAAUAUUUUACCUUCUGUUAUAAGAUAUAAAUGCAUUUGGGUACAUAAACAUAUUUGUCAAAAUGGUUGUUGACAAAAAAAUUGGAAUCAUGCACUCAGCCCUUUGUAGUAUCUGAAAAUCUAACAAAUUUUUGUUUAAGUGUAGCUUUCACUUUUUAAGUUUGAUUGUUUUUCAUUCAAGUGUUCUCGGUAGUCCAGUGCUCUGAAUCAUUGUUUUACAUACUUUAUAAAAAGAAUUAACUUCUAAGCUGUAUUGUCUGCCAAGGUUGAAACUGUAACUGUGACAUUUUUCUGAAAGGUUUUAAGAACUCAAUCAGCUAUAGCAAGGUGUAAAAUAUGAUCCACAUGUUAUGAAAUAUGCAUAAGUUAACCAUUAAAUAAAAUCUACAUUUUUAUUUAUUCAGUUUUAUAUGAUAGCAGCGUGUUAAAAUUUACCUAAGGUAAUCAUGGUUUGUGAAAAUGUCUUGCUGUGUAUUUUACACAGCAGUUCAAUGUCGUUUGUUCCGUUGAAUCAUUUCUGUAGUGUGAGCUAUUCCUUAUUUUUAAUGAUCACAGCUUCUUAUUUUAACCAAGAGUCACCUGUAUUUGAAAAAGAUUUGACAAGAAAGUCUAGCAACAAUUUAUUUUUCUAUGACAGCAUCACUAAGCAAAGCAGUAGAAAAACUCUGAUGGACAUUGAAUUUGUUUCAGUAAAACUUAUAAUUGAUAAAGUGAUAAAAUGCAAUAACAUCAUGGAGGGGAAAACCUCUUUGCCAAUUGCUUUAAUUGAGAAUUUGGCAAAAAUUUUGAGCAGAUUGUGUGUAUUUCCUGGGUUUGGAGGCUUUUCAUGCCCAUGAAUUGAGUUGUCAUUUGCUAUUUAGCUGUAAGUUGAUCAGAGCCGGAAAAAUUAUUAAUUUGUUUUUACUGCUGAAAGCUGACCUUUGUUAUUUAAACACUUAAACUUGAAAAGAAUUCCUUGUCUAAGUACACAUGUAUAUGUUAUUGUGAUUCUGUGACCUGCACAAUGCAUAGUCAAAGCAAACAGAUUUAUUUGUCCUAAAUGUUAUUUUUUUGGACUUAAGGUCAGAGCAGUUGCAUUUUAUUUUUUUGUCUUCAUUACAAAUGGCCUUUUAUGAACAUUUAAUGGACACAGGGGGUCUUUUAAUCUCCAGGCCAUUCCUUUCAUUUCAUUGGUAAUUAUUGCAAAUUUUGGAUUCUUUAGGUAUCUAAUGAGAUAUAUUUAUAGAAUGAAAGUAAAAGAUGUUUAUGGCAUCUGAAUGGGGAAGAUAGCAUGGAGACAUUGUUGUUUUUUUCUUGGUAGGAAUGAAAUACUACGAACAUUUUCACCUUGGAGCAAAUAAAUUUGAAAGUCACCUCAGACAAAUCUUUUGACAGUGAAAGUGUUGCCCCAUUCUAUUUAUUUUUAUGAAGUAGGGGACAUCUGCUUAUACUUUUGAUAAGAGAAAGCAAAAGAUGUGUUUGAUAAGCAGGGUUGUCGUUUAGGGCUGGCUGUGGGCAAAAUGCAUUGGAUGAAGAAGUGCCAAUGGCUGAAUGUUUCCACUGAACGUUCCAUAUGGCAUAACAGGCACUUCUUAGGUUUUGCAGUUGUAAUCAUGGGCACAAGAUACAUUAGACCAGUUUCAUGCCUAGAGAGUGAGAGCUUGUUCAGGAGAAUUCUUAACUUUCUUUUGGUUUUUGUUGUUUGUUUGUUUGUUUGUUUUUUUGGAGGACUUGAAUUUAUUCAGUACAAUAAUACACAGUAUGCACUUAAUAACUGAUGGUGGCUGUUGUAACUUUUUGCCAUUUUUGGUUGCAGGGUUCUAUAGACUGCACAACACUGGGAGAAGCUCAUGGCAUGAUCUCUGACCUACUAGCAGAUUCUAAUGUGCCUCCUAAUGUGGCAAGCACCCUUAAAAUAAUCAGCACAAUGAUCGCACCACCCACUGCUUUCCAUGCAGUACAGCGGCCAUUUGUUUCCGCCAUGUCACCCCUUAUAGAAAAAUUCCGCGAUGAGAGUCAGGAGGACAAAGUGAGAGAUCAACCAGAUCUUAAGGAUGACAUGCCUUUGCCAAUGGUUGGGGUGAGUGCAUUGUCAGUUGAUCUAGGUGCAGUGUAAUCCAUUUGCUCCUAAUAUAUAAAUUUCAGUUCUCCACACACUGUCUGCCAUACAUUUCUUAUAACUUAGGCUGUGAGAAUUUGGUGGUAAAUCAGACAGUAUUCCCCAGUUAAUACGUUCACAUUUUAGUCUUUUAUGGGUGUGAAAGAGAUAAGAAAGGGUGUUUUGAGGUUCAAGGGACCUUCUGCAGUUGGGUUGUUAAACCCUGCCUGGAAUCAAUCACGUUUUGUUUUGUGUUCAUGAGAAAGACACUUCACUCUUUCAGUGCCCCAUUCCACCUACAAGGGUAGGAGUAGGCUCUAGCAAACUGUCAGAGAAACUUGUCGAAAUGUUGAAGGGUUAGUUUCAAUAAGCUACAGCUUCCCACCCAGGAAAAAAGAUGGCAGGAUGGCUCCUGUGAUUUGUAUUACAAAUUCAAAAUUACACAUGAUUUCUGCCAAUAGUUUUGAAGGCCUGUGACCACAUAAGUAGCACUGAUCGGAUUGUUAUGUUAAUUUCUCUAACUAGUAAAACCACAAAACUCUUCUCUCCCAUUUUCUGUUGCUUUAAGUUAUGUUCAUUUGCGAAAGUGAUUCUGAUAGCCAGUGCGCAAUCGCAGACUACACGUUUUAAAUUGUUUACAUAGAAAACAAGGAAACCAUUUACAUCGAAACUGACGAUCUUUUUUUCAGCAACUCCAGCGAAUAAGGCGCACGUUAAAUUCCCAAGGGAGGCGCAUGUCAAGCACGUGGACGACCACGACCUCCGCCACUGGCAUGCCUACUCUAGAUCCUGACGUCACAGUGGGUCGCACAACACCUGUUGUGACAUUCACUGAGCACAAUGCUGUUAGUCACGCAAAUAAGAGCCCUCAAAAGUCUUCACUAGCAGAAGGCGCUAAUAUUACCAGCACGAAAAACGGUCCUCAAGAGACUUACACCAAGCAUAGACCCGCUUGCUUCAGCCACAGCUUUCCCACUCAGGCUUCACCGGGUCUGUCGCGAAAGCUUUCCCCGGACAUGGCCCCAUCUGGCUCUCCUCUUCUCCAAAGACGUUCGCCUGAUCGGGUUGCGGCAACGCCGACUUCUUCGUCUCCGAGUCUUCUACGGAAGUCGCCCGAUAGGAUGUUUACUUCUUCGAAUGUGUUCAGAAGACUUAGUAAAGAAGAAACGCAACUUGUCAAAGAUGCUCUCGAUCAGGCAGAGCAGGAGAAAGAGACGGAAGACGUUGUUGAUACUGUGGGGAAAUCUAAACCAUGUGACUGUGACUGUCACGCAAAUCCCUCGUCAACAAAACAAGAAAAAGACAAUAAUCAAACAAGUAAUGAGUCUGUCAAGAAAGCGGACAGUGUUGAGGAGAAUCCGGUUUUACCCAAAUCAAAAGAACUUGAUAAACUACUAGAUCAAAUCUCGGACUGGAAUUUUCCGAUAUUUGAUGCUUGCGAACAUGGAAAUAUAUUGACUCAGGUAAGGGUGAAACUUGUUGGAAAUGUACAAUUUAUGAUAUUUACCGACUUGUUCACUUUUCGGUCGCAAGGGAAUGUGAUGGGUUGGGGGGGGGGGGAUUGCGUGGUUGAAAGAAUUAUUAACCCGCAGAAGAAUUAUUAACCCGCAUAAAUUGUGUUAAAGGCCAUCAAGGGUAAGUUUCCUACACAGGAAAUAGCCACCUUAAAGGAAACAAACCGUAAAGCUGCUUCUUUUUUCCACACAAUAAUACGCUUUUUUUCAGUUAAGAAAUUUCAGUUUAUAUAUGUCUUUUUGCUGCAGGUUACAUACAAAGUGUUUCAGAAAGUUGGACUUUUUGAGGCAUUUAAAAUUCCAGAGGACAAAUUCCUCAGUUUUUUCUUUGCAUUGGAAAGUGGGUACCACGACAUUCCUUGUAAGUAAGAUUUGUUCUGUGUGACUGGGUUGAUUUUUUGUGCAGUCUACUUUGCCAUGAGGAAGUUUUGUGAUCUAGAUCGGUUAGAAGGCGUAAAAUAUCGCGCAGAGUUUUUUAUAAAAAUAAUUCCUCUUCCACUUUUACUCAUGUUCAGACCUGAUUAUUUGGUGAUACACUUGAGUCGAGAUAUUGGUAAACGCAGAGUCUUAAGGGGGCGACGAAUCAGCUCUUUAGUCGUUGAUGCUUUCAAUGUGCUCAGUUCUGACAUGAGAAAAGGUUCGACAAUGUUGUAAUAAUUGUACAUGUUAAAAAGUACUGGUUAUGCCACAUACGCGUCUUUUUCCCUUGAAAAUUUUCCUUUUUAAACAGUUUUCCAUGUGGGUGAAAAUAGAAAAUAGUCAUAGGAUUUCAACUGAGAUCGAUCAUUGACAUGUUUUCGUGAUCAGAAACUGACGUUCUAGUUUUGGUGAAAAAUUUCGCAAGGAAAAAAACUUGUUAAGGUCCAGAUUUGUUUGUGUCGAUUACUUGACAUCUACGAUUGUCGAAGGAAAUUUCAGAAAAGUUAAGGGAAAUGAGAGUUCAACCAAGUGUCUCUUACAAGGAUUCCGGGCUAGAAUCUAGAUACAACAAAACAUUAUUGUCUGACAAUUACACCCGCUAAGAACACUUUGCUGGUGUGAAUGCGUUUUUCUCAGAAAUUUGACUUUGACUGUCAAAACGCUUCCUCUCUAUACUGUUCUCUAAUCACAACCCAUGGUACUGUCUUGGAGAAUGUGGUGAACAAUCAAGAGGCACUUUAGUUGUAUUCUCAUUACGUUAAUGUAUGAGGCAGCCGUGUUACUUUAAGGAGAAAUUAUAUGCUUGUCACACAUAGGAUUACAUUUUAAUGGUUAAUUUCCAUGCUGUAUUUAGACCACAACUGUAUGCAUGCUUCGGAUGUUCUUCAUGGCGUGUUCUUUAUGACAACAAAGAAGAUUCCUGGCUUUGGUCCAUCAAGCUUAAAACUUGGCGAUGAUAGCGAGUCGGAUUCGGACAGCGGACUAAACGGGGAAGGACGGCAGAAGAGUAAUACUGGUGAUUAUGGAAUCUUAAUGGACUCUAUUCCUCAACUGGAACUACUGGCAUUGUACACUGCAGCCACCAUGCACGAUUAUGAUCACCCGGGAAGGACAAACGCUUUUCUUGUGUCAACUCUAUCGCAGCAAGUAAGUUUAUCCAGUUUUAAACGAUCUCGCGUUACUUGAUGGUUAUGUACUGUGUUGUCCUGUGUAGCUGCUCUUUGAGAUUAGCCCUGCGUGACAUCCCUGAAGAUCUGUUGCGAAAGAGGCCACACAUUGUAUUAGAGGAAGAGUAUUUAAUGUUGUCCUUUCCUCUCCUUAACAAAUGUUUUCAAACGUGAGCGCUUUUUGAUGUUGUGUCGCAAAAACCAAAACCAAAAGUAAAGUUAUGACAAGGGCCAAUCAGAACAAAGGUAAAUAUUGUAAGGAACCAAUGAGAACUCAGAGUGAAAUCAUGUUCAUUUAAUGGCCAUAAGCGCAGAAGAACGCAGCUACCAAGUCGUGAUCGGUUGUAGUUUUGCAUUUGAUUGGCUGAAAGGGUAGCGCGAGUUUUGCAGACCAGUCUUAGUACGUAGUUAACCCUUUUACGCACUGACGUCAGUAUGCAUAUUCUUUAUACUUUGCGCCAUAAAUUUCGUAAAGUGCCGAUAGAGAUAAUUUGUUUCACAAUCAAGAUCUCAUUUAUUCGGUGAAAGGAGAAAUUAUAUUAGUCAUUCUAUGGGGUCAAAGGGUUUUAUGAAAUAACACCAUACGACUUUCGGCGUUUAAUUAAUAACUGAUCUUUUGCGUUCCUUCAGAGGUGUUUUAUUUUUGUUUGUUUUACAGGUUACAGAUUCUUGUGCCCUAAACACGUUUCCUAUUUUUUUUCAGGCUUUAUUGUAUAACGACAGAUCAGUGUUGGAGAAUCAUCACGCCGCUGCUGCAUUCUCACUUCUUAUGUCAGAUCCAAAGUUUAACUUCUUGUGCGGGUUGGAACCUGUGGAAUUCAAACGCUUCAGGUUUCUUGCGAUUGAAGCUAUUCUGGCCACAGAUCUCAAGAGACACUUUGAUUUGCUCUCCGAGUUUAAUGCCAAGGUAAAGAAAAGUAGAUUGUUGUUGCGAGUUAUUUCCGUUACUUGCAUCAAAGAAUAGUAAAAGAAAUUAUAUUCAUAACAUAAAGGGGCAAUUUUUAUUUCAUAAAACUGAUCCACUGAGAAGACUUUGCUUUAGAUAUCCUUUGAUAAGUCGGCCAGUUGACGCUCAAGAGUUAAAGCAAUCUUAACUUGGUAUUAAAUGCAAGCAAGUCCAGGUGUGGACAAUCUUUACUUGUUUAGAAUGCAAGCAAGUCAAGUUUUAGGCAAUCUUAAAUUGGUUUUAAAUUCAAGCAAUUCGAGGUUUAGUCAAACAUAACUUGGUUUAGAAUGAAAGCAAGUCGAUUUUAAGUAAUUUUCGUUCUUUUUUUUUUUUUUUUUUUUUUUUGACAGAUUUCUGAAGAGGGUGGUGGAAUAGAUUGGUCGCAAGAAGCUGAUCGACUUCUGACCCUCCAGAUAUGCAUCAAAAUGGCGGACAUUUCAGGACCGAGUAAGCGUAGGGACUUACACACUCGCUGGACCGAGAGGAUUGUUGAAGAGUUCUACGAGCAGGUAAUGGGAAAAGAAAGAGGGAGAAAGAAAAUUUAUGCCUAGAUUACAUAGUCUAAUAUUAAAUGAUAUGUUUUUGUUAUGUUACGUGGCCUUACGGUAAGUGCGCUGGGGCCCGUCUCUCAAAAGUCCUGGUAACUUAACGGCCCGAAGCCGUAUUGUAAAAUUUAAAUUUAAAGAUUAGAGAACUAGAUUCUGGCACCCUAGCCAGUCCAUUUUGUUUCUUCCGCUGAUACUUUCAUUGUAGAAUUUUUUGUCAUUUCCGACGCACGAUGGUUUCAACAGUAGGACAGUGGUAUGCAUUCCUGUGUUUCAAGGUUGUGAUACGUCUUGCUCUUAAUUUCAAUUCACUUCUCUCGUUUAUUUCAGGGAGAUGACGAGCUGGGGCGAGGCAUGCCUAUAUCUCCUUAUAUGGACCGUGAUCAUCCUCACGUGGCGCAGCUUCAAGAAUCAUUCAUCAAUCAUCUGGUUGCUCCUUUAUACAAUGCGUACGCAAACGCCGGACUUCUACCGGGGGAGUGGGUCGAUGUCGAAGCCAGUAGUUCGGACUUGGAGAGCGACGAUGAAGACUCCAGCGAAGAAUCACCGAGGAGUACCGAAGAAGAACAACAGCGAAGGAAGUCAAAGAAGUCCCGACGUCGAAAGCGACGGAAGAUAACAAGCGAUCUCACGAAGAACAUUGAAAAUAAUUACAAAAUGUGGUUAGAGGUUAUUAAGCAAGAAGAAAGAGAAAAACGAAAAUUGAAUAAGAUCGAAACAGAUGAAAGCGAACGACAAGAAGUAGAAGGAUCUGACGAGGAGUUGAUGAUGAUAGAGACAUCCUUGAAAGAUGAAAUAAUUGAGGAAGAGGAGAAUGGUUCUGAGUCUGGAAGCGCUGCUGAUUCACGCAAGGAAAGUAACUCUUAAGUGAGCUGACUUUGUACUUAACCCUGUAAAUUAUAAGCUGCGACCAUACUGUGAACUUAGGAAAAAAUUAGCAUUGUCUUUUAAAAUGUACUGGCAGGCGCAAACAAACCUGAAGGUUUUCUGUCUUUUCGGUUAACCGUGAUGUUAAUGUGGUAGAAGUUGUGGCCUUUUGUUGAGUGGUUGUCGUGUUUGUGAUUGGUGACUUGUAACUAAAGAUUGUUAUGUGAAUUAGAUCAUCGCUCGACUCUGGUCACUUUUGUCGUUUCUCAAGGGUAGGGAUGGGUGCACGUUCGUACUAUCGAUGAUGGCCUGCGGUAGUCUUUCUAAAGUAACCCAGUCGUUCAAGAUUCUGUUCAAGUACGUUUUAGAAAACGUAAAAUCAGCAGAGCUAUAUGAGAGCGAGUUAUAGCGUCAAUUUUUUACAAGUGAGCUUGAUAAAGCAAGUUUAACUUUAAAAAAUAUAUAUAUGAUAAAAUAAUUUUAUUGUUUUAAUUCACUCAUGAAAGUGUUACGGAAUCCUGGUUUUAACGAAGGCUUUGAAUGAGUUAUUUUAGAAAGUUUAUUACCCACAUUGGAAUCAAACUUUUAGCGGAGAGAAUUUGCAAUGAUUAGAUGAAAAACCGGAACGUAGAAGUGGACGAAAAGACGUCAUCUGAAAAUUUCAUUUACAGCUGAGAUAACAUUACACAGACCUGGCGUGACUAGCACGAUAAUUGGUCACGCUAUCGUCUGCCUGUGUAUUAUAUGUACAGGGAAUACACUUGUAUGUACAAAACGAGAAUCAAAUUAUGCAAUUAUAAUGUGUAAAUAACGUGGAUUGCCACCGAGCCUUUCAAGGCCAAAAUAUUAAAGUAUCAGAGUUGAGAAUAGAUCGACUUACUAAUGAGAGAACAACAGCUGUAGUAUUUAAGGACUCAAUAUUAAAUAUAGUUGGAAGAAAUCUGUCACGCAGUAAGUGUGAUUUUAUAAUGACUCUCCUAAUAUAAAUUUCUACCAAAGACAUUUCGAGGCUGGAAACUUUCUCAGAUGAUUCUGGUAUCAAGGAACUCACAUUAAGCUGCUACUGACUAAUUAAACUAAUCAAGC